AUACAUAUUUAUAUAUGCAAUUUUCAUAUUGUAUAUAAGUUAGUUAGUACUUGGAUAUAAUAAAACAAGAGACGCCGCUGCCUGAAACAUCUUUUGUAUGUCUUAAAGAGUUAGUCCUUAAUCCAGUGUGCGCAGGAUACCUUAGGCUAAUGAAUCCUAAAAGAACCUUGGCGAAUUCUUUAGAACAAAGGGUUCGACAAAUGGAGCUUUACAAUCGCCUAACCUCUGACUGGACAAAGCCGGGCAGUAACAGGGAAUAUGUUUUGAAGUUUUGUCGUGCAAGUGGAAUCGCAGUCGGCUGAGACCAGUCAGGUACCCGGAAAGUAACUUGAUGUAAUUUCUAGCCGAAGAGCCUGGCCUAUUCGCCAUCCUUUCCUAUAUUCCACAAUGGCCCAGCAUACCAAAAUUUGAACCGUGUCAAAGCAGUCUCUACCCAGCUUCGAUUUCAUCGUCCUGUGGGUCCCAAUGGCUGUUUGGCUAUCUGAGAAGAUAACUGGAAAGGCGCCCUUCAAGCCUGUUACAAGGUUUCAUUUAGCGCAGUUUUAAAUUGCGAUUAUUUCAUCCUGAAAUGCUGUGAUGAAUACUUGAUCAAUUCUUGAAUCGUCUGUGUACGUAGCUGGGAUCAAGUGCAGGGAGGCCAUUUGAGCAAAGUUUGCGAUCGGCGAUUUUCACCUGGAUUUAAUGCCGUUAAAUGUCUUUCAGUAAACGCAAAGUUGCGAUUGAUUUCGAUUACAACGCUCACAAAAACGUAUGAAAAGAAAGAUUUCGGUGUCAUAUUUACAUCGAAAAUGUCGUUUUCUAUACAUAUAGACUUGGUCUAGGAGAUUGCACCUCGGCUAUACUUUUGGCUGUUAUAGCAUAUACCCGUACCUCGAAUUUUGUUGAGACAAGUAUUUUUCCCCAGCCACACGCCAAUCGAGGUUACUUUCCUCAAAUCAUUCUCCUAGGAGACGAUAAAGUUCAGGCUAACAUCAUAGCGCAGAAUCAUCUCUCAGCCGCGUGCUGGAAGGUUUCAUGCAGUUUGGUGCAAGAAAAGCUUCUUCAUCUGUCUUCAAACGACCACGAUUCUAUAAUCGCAUUCACGAGUCCAAGGAUAAGCUCGUCUACAAUUAUAAUCAUAACAAUAGAUUGGCGUUUACACAAAAUGUUAGUGCUGAGCUGAGAUUUUCCUCCGAUUUUUACCACUGACUCCAAAUGCGACAAGAAGAUUGGUGUAUCGAAAGCGGAAAUAUUGUAUGGAAAUGGCAACAAAACAAUAACUACAGUAUAUAACACGCCUGCUAAUGGAAGCGUAUAUACGACAAAAGCGCGCCUCUCCUGGAAUGGUGCAGGCCAGCGACUUACAAAUAACCCGUCCUAUGUCCGGACUGCGCACAUCAACGGACAAUAGCCGCGAGCUGCAUGCUUACGAUGGUCCCAUGCAGUUCAUCAGCUCGCCACACAAUCCCGAUCAAUUAUUAAGCAACAGCACCGCCACCACCUCACCAACAACAACCACCGCCAUUUCUAGUAACAGCAUGGUCAGCACAAAUGGCCGACAGCGCGGCAGUAAUUCGAACAAUGGGCGCCCGCGGACAGCUCAUGGGACGAGCCACAUCAUCAAUCAGGAUGAUUUAAUUGAGGAGAUAUCCUCGCAUGAGCUUGAAGACGACGAAAGUAGUCCUGUCAACCACGCCAUCAUCAACGGACAAAGGCAAAGACAACGUCAACAACAACAAAUGCAAGAGCAUCAGCAACACUCAUACAGCCACGACCGGGACAGCAGCACAUUGGACGAAGACGAUUACGCGAAUCGCAAUAUUGAGGAAGCAGCGCCCGUAAUGCCUUUGAACCACAGCAUCGUUGCCACCACCAGUGCACCGCGCAGCUCAUCGGCCCACUCGUCCGGCUCUGCGAACAUCACUGCCAUCUACUCAAACAGUGCACAGCAAACGACCUCGCCGGUGGACGCUAGCGGCGAACCGGAAGGCGAUGUCGUCGGCAACAUGGAGCAAUUCGUUAUGCAGCCGGCGUCGCAAGGUGUGCUCUUCAAGUGCCGCAUAACCCGCGACCGCAAGGGUAUGGAUCGUGGACUGUUUCCUAUCUACUAUUUACAUUUGGAGCGGGAUUACGGAAAGAAAAUAUUCCUCUUGGGAGGACGCAAACGAAAGAAGAGUAAAACAUCCAACUACAUUAUCAGCUGCGAUCCUACAGACUUAUCGCGCAAUGCGGAGGGCUUCUGCGGCAAAUUGCGUUCAAAUGUGUUCGGUACCUCGUUUACUGUGUUCGAUAAUGGCAGCAAGGAUAGCACAGAAAACCCCCGGCACGACUUGGCAGUUAUCAUUUACGAUACCAAUAUACUAGGUUUCAAAGGACCACGCAACAUGACUGUAAUACUGCCCGGCAUGACGGAGGAAGACCAACGCGUAAAAAUCAGUUCGGCUGAUCCCAAACAGCAGGGUAUACUUGACUUGUGGAAGGUGAAGAAUAUGGACAACAUAGUGGAGUUGCAUAACAAAACGCCCGUCUGGAAUGAUGAAACACAAUCAUAUGUACUCAAUUUUCAUGGGCGCGUUACGCAGGCAUCGGUUAAGAACUUUCAACUCGUACACGAUUCUGAUCCCGACUACAUAGUCAUGCAAUUUGGACGUACCUCCGAGGAUGUAUUCACCAUGGAUUACCGUUAUCCAUUGUGUGCACUGCAAGCUUUUGCCAUAGCAUUGAGCAGCUUUGAUGGCAAAAUAGCUUGCGAGUAGAAAGCGAAGAAAAUGGAGGAGAAAUAAGAGCGACAAAUGAGAGGACAUCAAAAUAAAACCAAAUAAUCGGAACAAAAUAAUAGAAAGCAAAUGCAAUUAUUUAUGUAAUUUAAACAUAAAAAAUUAAAUUAAACUUAACGCAACAGAGUACGGUUCAAAUCAAAAAAGUGCACGAAUUUACUAAAAAAAAAAUGGUUGCCUUAGUUGAAAGCGUUUCAAAGCGCUUAAGAUUUACCUAUGCGCGUGCACCCACUUGAUUAAACUAAUAUUUUUUAUAUGUACAUAUAACAGUCGAGAUUUAAAAAGAUAUUAAAAACACAAUUGAAGAAAAUUUAUACAGCUGAAAGAUAUUUAUUAAUUUAAAAUGUAGAAUACUGUAACAGAGCUAAACAUUAUGAUGCGAUUAGACCAACAUAAAGUAAGAAUACAAAAUCUAAUGAUUGUUAAUAAUGCAUCUUUAGAAAGAAAUCAAUACAAUUUCGGUAUAGAGUUUUACAUAUUUACAUAUUUUUUUAAGGGUGAACCGAAAAUCGGAGCGGAACUUUUGUUAAACAUUUUAUUGCAUGAAUCGAUUAUUUAUUGCAUUAAUUUUUAAGCCCGAGAGCACUUUUCUAUAAGAUUAUUACUAUUUUGUCUGUCCGCCCGCGUAUGCAUACGGAAGCUUAAGUAAAAAUUGUGGUAAAUAAUAUUUGUACCUUAGGACGGAAAUUGGCGAAAAGGGGCGAUAAAAUGAUAACAAUUCACACUUUCACAGAGUUCCUCUUGAUGAAAUAAAAGCCGAGAUGUUUAACUCUUAGUUUCGCGGAAGCAGAGCACUGAGAAGAAGUCCCGUUACUCUUAUAGCCCCCUGCCAGGAAAUAUUACCUGUCCUGCCUAGCCUAUUCAUCAGUCUUGCAGUUUUCUAUCUUGUCACUGUGUGGCUGACUUCCUAAACGCCAAUUGCUUUGCGUACGUACAAAGAAUAAAGUUUCAUAACGCCGAACUACAAAAUAUUGACACUUUUCCAAAACGCAUCCGAAAAGUUUCGAAACGCAUCGUUAGAGCGAUCAGGGCAUCGGAAACAAAGUUCAUGCUUCGUUUGUUAUUGGUUACCAUUGGUGUUUUUAAAAGGGAAAAUUCAGAAAAAUUGUUCAUUGCUAUAUUGAAUAAUUAAAACAUGCAAUGUAUAUCGUUGCAAUAUGUCUCAACUCUGCAUAUACAAUUAGUUUGCAUACCGCGUUAUAACAGUUUCCAAACAUUGUAUUGAUAAGUUGUGGAAGUCAGCCUGUCUAACAACUCAAAUCAUUCUGUAAUCCGAGGCUAUCGCUUGGCUGCCGGAGGUGAGACGGAAGCCUAAGCUUUAGAUUAACUCUACACCCAACAUCUACUUAUUCGUGAAUAUCUUUACUGGAACUCUGAGUAACCAGUAUCUUAGCCUGAUGGCAGAACAGACCGUGAGAGCCUUAACCGCAUUGUCAACCGGUAUGAAGUCUUACAUCUAUUAUGUAUGCAAUAUUUUGGCCGAGCAGUUGAUUCAAGUAAGCGGCGACAACUGUGCUUAUGUUUUUGCCAGAAAAUCUUAAAACAUAGUUUUAUUUUGCUUUUAUAAUUUAUUUUACUUGACUUUGUUUUAUUUUCUUUCGUUAU